AUCGCUUUUGGGAUAACAAUAUUCUGAAGCAUUCAAGAACGACAAAGAUUAAACUUGAAUAUAGCGAUAUUCUGAUCUAGACAGUAAAUACAAAACUACACGUGUCAACACCUCGACAGAUCUCCUGCAAAAGUCAUCGUAAGAAUCCAAAAUGAAGACCUUGAUCAUCAUCGUAGGUAUAUUAACUAUAACGACGGUGGUUUACAGUAUCGAUAACGACCGGUUAGACAAAUACUACGCUAACUUAGCGGAUUGCAGCAAGGAAUUGAAAGGUUCACCAUCUAAACCCACUCCCGAAAUAAUGCAUUGCACGCUGCAGAAGGAUGGAAAUGUUUUCGAUGAAGACGGUAUGUUCAUAAAAGAUAGAACUGAGCAAAUGAUUCGGGAUCUUAUCUCUGGUCCGUCCAAGUUGGAAAGAAGCCUGGAAAUAUUAAAUAAGUGCUUGGAAGAAGAUAUGCACCUCACAGGCAAUGUAACGAUGAAACUUAUCGAGUGCGGUAUGCCACUUGUGUCUCUCGUUGAUCCAGAUAAGAGAGGAUAAAAGAGAAUUAUAGAUUUUCCACUGAAUAUAAUGUACAGUUUAUAUACUUUAUUGCAAUUUUUUUGUGCAAUCUUGUAAAAAUUGUAAAUCAUUUGGUCUUUUCUCGUUGAAAUAUAU